AUAUUUGUGCCUGAGUGUGAUGUUAUUUGGCACACAGGAAGUAAAGGCACAAACCGACCAUCUCUCACUUCUGGCAUUACAGAGCACCGUAGGGGGUUUGGUAGAGUAGCUACUGUGUGAAGCUGACCAGACAUGGACAUUGUUGCAGAAUGUUGUCAGCGUGUGUUUGGGCCUUUUAUUUAAGUGGCUUGGCUUGCUACAGGGUGACUGUACCUUUCUGAUCCAAUGACUUCACUCUUACAGGGCAAAUGAUUCUUCUUUUUUAUUCUGGGACAGACACAUGGACUGUGGCAGUUGCUGGUGAUUCAGUGUUGUUUUUCAUGCAGAUCGUACAAGACCAUGAGACAAUCAUAAGUUCUAGAAUCAGGUUUGAAACCAUACCUGGCUGCAGCUCAACCUCUAUAUUACCCCCCCCCUCCCCCCAAUAACCCAUUGCUCCCUCCCUGUUCCCACUCCUUGUUCUGUAGCAAAGGCUAGAGGAUUCUUUUGUCCAAAGGAAAGGGGGGCCCACAACCUAAAUGGUCUUUAUUUAAACUAAGAGUUUUUUUGAAGGGGCUCCCUUUCAGCCUGGCUGGCUGCAGAAUCACAUUGUGUGAGCCUGUUAAGGCUGUUAGAUACAAACAGUAGCUUGAUGUCCAUGUUCUCCUGAGAGGUUGUACGGAUAUAUAAUAAGAAUUUCCAGGUUCUGGUGGGUGAGAUUUUUGCUGUUGCCCUUGCCAUCAUUUUCCUGCUGGAGCAGAGCAGCAUUGUGGUACCCAGGCUUAUCCUGCAGCUUCCUUACAUAGAGGGCAAAGCACCCUGGCAAGAUCUGCCUGCUGUAGAGCUGCCUGUCAGCUGCUGGUUCCCAGAGCCAAACGGAGAAGUAACACGGAACAUAAUUUCCCCUCCGGUGCUGAAUUGCUGAAGGAGACACAGAACGAAAUGUGGGGGGAAGGGAAAGAAGCCAUUUUAAUUGCAUUAUCUCAUCUGAUCGCUGUGCUUAAUUUCCCACUUCCUAGGCUUCCGCUCUGAUGUUACAUGGAAAACUAGUUAUAUGCUGGAUUCCUCUACAACAUCGCUGGCUCAUCGGUUUUUAAUCUGAUCCAGGCAAAAUUGCAGGUGACUCACUUUCUUUGAACUACACUGAUACCGAGAAUUAACCAAUGGCUGUUAACAAUCACCGGAGACGAACCAAAAAGGGAGGUGAGACUUACGAUAGCUCAAUCCCUUUUGAAGAGAAUCUGCGCAGAGAAUGUCUAUCUUUAUACUGUCUCGGUUCCCAGCAGAAUAACUCAGAAGAGAUAACUGAGCCGCACACCCCCUCUAUCAUACUAAUGAACAGCAUGAAAACUCAACUUCACAUGGCUCUGGAGAGGAAUUCGUGGCUGCAGAAGAGAAUUGAAGACCUGGAGGAAGAGAGGGAUUUUCUCCGAUGUCAGCUGGACAAGUUUAUUUCCUGUACCAAAUCUGAUUCUGAGGAACAUUCCAGAAUAAAACAAACCAACUGGCGAAGUGAAGGGAAAGAGUGUUGUAAUGAGGAUCUGACUGAUAAUGACAGUAUGUUGUCUGUAAGCGCUUAUUCUGAAGAAGGUGACACCCUGGCAGACACCAAGAGGCAAAGGCAAAAGGGAAGUUGUAAUAAGAGGGGGUUCUGCAAGCCAAAGAUCAGGGAAAGGCAGAGAGUGAAAGAUGCUGAUGGUGUCCUUUGCCGAUACAAGAAAAUCCUUUCCACUUUUCAAAAGUUAAAGAGUAUGAGCAGGGCGUUUGAGCACCAUCGUGUGGAUCGUAACACUGUAGCCCUAAGUACUCCUAUAGCCGAGCUCUUGAUUGUAGCGCCUGAGAAAAUAGCCGAGGUUGGAGAAUUUGACCCAUCCAAAGAAAGACUGCUGGAAUAUUCUAGACGUUGCUUCUUGGCGUUGGAUGAGGAGACCCUUGAGAAGGUCCAAACACUUAAGAAAAAUAAGCUACUUUUGCCCAUCACCUAUCGUUUCAAGCGAUGAUUUCCUUGCGUUCACCACCUUACAAAUUAGUUAAUUUCCCCUGUCCAAUGGGCCAUAGCUUUUGAUCCUGAGUUUCAAGAAAUAAUGGAGAUCUUUUAUACUUGCAGAUCUCUUAAUUCUGAUAUUUACUUACUUAGGAAUGUUGGCAUGAGUGUGGCAUUUCAUUUCAAGGACUUUGCUCUUUUUACUGUAAAUUUCAGUGUAAUAAUGAGACACCCUUGAGCAAAAUCUCCAUCAGGGUGGACAAAAUAUGUAAAUACUGUAUUUUUAUUUAUUGAAGCAGGCUGUCCAGCCAUCUCUUCCUGUAAGGAUAAAGACACACACAGCUAGUAGUCGCAGCUAUUUGUCACAGCUACUAAAAUAUACAAUGCUGAUCAUUUACUGAU